UCCAACGCAACCUCGAUGCCUCGCGGCUGCUGUAGCUGCACGCGGAUCGCUCGAUCGAUCGGCGACAAAUGCCGCCACCGGCGUUGUGCGUGUGUGUUCAAGCAAAUUUCUGCCUCUCGACGAUACGUAAUUAUUAGUUACAGUUCAUCGUUUUAAUUAUUGUUCGUGCGUUUCGGUAAAUAGGACGAGAAAAUAGAAUAACAGCCGAGUGACAAAAAAGUGAAGUGUAAAUUAGGAAAUCGGUAUGGAAGUGGUUUUUAUUGACAAUUGCACUAGGAUAAUCGUGAACUUGGCAACAUUGUCAUGUUGACAAUCGAUAAAAGCUUCGAUGGACUCGCCGGAAAGUCACGAAGAUCGUUGGCACACGAGUGAAAUGAAGCAGGCAGCUGCAUCAUCGGCGGCACAUCGGCGUAGGCGUCGCGCAUCAUAAGUGACGCAUCGUUUUUUUCUCGCCGCGUAUUAUCCCAGUAGCAGUGGCAGAUACAAUAUAUAUAUAGAAAAUUGAAAAAGAGUCGAAAGAUAGGCAGCGAGGAUGGAGCUGGUAGCGACGCAGGUGAACGAGAGCGACGGGCCUUAUCGCAACGAGGACGUGCACGAGUGGUCGAGGAUCGAUCAGGACACGGGCAUGCACGAGAAGGCCAGAGUCGAGACCGGCAGGUGGUGCAACAACACAUCCGACGCGGCUCAAUCGUACGGAAAGAUAAUCGACUCGAGGGAACGAAAUACCGUCGACGGUAGUCUCGUGCAGAAAGCCCGUCGCCAGGUCGAGGUGUUCCAGAGCCAAGCGACGAGCGGCCGCUGCUUUCAGGUGGUCAAGGCGUCGCAAUGGUCCUCCUCGAGGGCCACAGAUAGCGGCAAAGGCUUCGAUGGCGCUCUGAUCAAAGCCAACCAAAACAACGAGAUGAACGGAGACUUUUGGCAUCCGAGCAUAGCCGACAGUACGACGGAUCUCGAGCAUCUGUCGGAUCUGUGUCGUCGUCUGCACGACGAAGCCAUCGAGAGCACCAACAAAUUGUGGUCGCUGCGUGGCGUCAAAAUAACGCCGACCUCGUCCGCGACGACUUUGAAGACGACGACGAAUUCAACGCCAAAAAACGUCAAAAGCAACUCGAUCGAGGAUCUGCCGAGUCUGGUGCUGGCAACGGCCGACGAUGCCUUCGCGAGAAAUUCGAAGAAUCGACGAUCGUUGCAAGUGAACAGCGACCGAUACUAUCCGAGCAGAAAUGCAAGGAGCGACGACAGGAGGGUCGGAUCGAUCGACGAGAGGGCGAAAUUUUACGAGGACGAGGCGAACGACGGACGCGACCGACGAGCCACCGUCAACGCUACGAGAAGAAGUCAAGAGGAUCAGAGAAUUUUCGCACCGAUCAGGGAGAACGAUUUCGUGAAAAACGAUCCAGGUCACCCGUCCAAGUUCGACAGAUCCAGUAACGGCCUGCCCAAGUACUCGAGUUCGCAGGAAAAUGGUGAAACGACUUUGUCAUCGUUGACGAAUCGUGCAAACUCAGCGACACAGACGGCGGCGACGACGACGACACAGGAUCUACCGAGAAAAGUCAGUAACAAGACUGUGGUCCACUUACGGAACGCGGCAUCGCCCACGGGACCGGAUACACCACCGACCAGAUGCAUCAAUGUCACGUCGGUCAGAGUGCCCAAAAACCUAGACAAUGGCGUCAAAUUGUCGGACGGUGGCUCGCUGUCCUCCUCGUCUUUGUCGUCGUCUUCCUCCACGUCGUCCGUCGCCGAAAAUAAUAAAGAGAAUCUGUCGAUCAAGCCAACGACGACUAACGGCACGAAGAAGCCGGUGAAGAAAGUCGAAUUCUGCAAAACGGAAAUACACUUUGCGCCCGACUCGGGCAAGGUGAAUAUCGUUGAGACCGAUGGCAAGCCUCCUCCGACCAAUAAGUACAGGAGAAAACGAAGAAAUAAUAAUGGAAACGCGCUAAACGGUAACGCACAGAAAAACAACGGUAACAAGCCUCUAGUCCACUUUGGCGAUACGUCCUACGAGCGCUGCAUACUCAAUGGUAAAUUGCCACCGACUUCGUUAUCGAACGGCCGGAACAUGUCCAACGGGCUCGACUACAACGAGAGCAACGACGUCGACAACGGCAUCGGCGGCAGACACGAUCGAGACGAGAUCGAUAACUUCGUUGAGAGAAAAUCACCGGAAAAGUCGAUCGCAGCGGCGGCACUGCGGGCCAACGGUAAGCCGACGUCGCCCACGCAAUUGACGUCGCAGGAAGACAACAAUGCAUCGAGAACGAAGGGCGCACACAUGACAACGGUAAACUUGAUGAUGGCUGACAAGGAAGGAAACAAUGGCCAGAGCAACGACAAAGAACCACUAGCCAUCCGCGCACCAUCACCGGUGCAAAUCAUUCGCUCGAUCUCGCCUUGUCCGCCGUCGCUGCAUCUGCGCUCGUCGUCGCCCGUCAUCGUGCGUCGUCGCUCGCCGUCGCCCUCGCCACCUCGACGUCGAUCUCCGUCGCCCGUCCGGGUGAUAUCUCGCGGCACCUCGCCCAUUUCGAUUCGUCGUCGCAGCAGCAUCACUCGCAGCAGCAGCCACGAGCGCAUCGAGCGCUCCUCCUCGCCCGCGUACAUGGCGCCGAUCGAUCGGGCCGUCUCUCCGGCCCACGCCGAGUCGCAUCGGCGCACCGGCACGACCUACGUGCAGACCACCACGACGAGGACGACUACGCCUCAGGGAUCGCCGAUUUUGGUACGCCGCCGAUCGCCGUCGCCCGCGGCCGUCACCCGCAAGACCGUCUCGCUGAAAUCGGCGCUGAGGAGCCGAUCUCGAUCUCCGGUCGUCGUGGUGGACGAUCACGAUCGCGACGAGGACGUCAGGGUCACCUACGAGAACGUCUUCUCCGAUCCGGAGGACGAGAACGUCAUAGUUUACGAGAACUCGGGCCACCCGGUGAGGAUGGAUUACAAGUUCUCCGAUCCCAAGGGCAAGCUGCGCAAGAGAUGGUCGAGCGAGACCCGGGCGAGCGCCGCGAAAAAAACUGUCUUGCAAUUCCCCAAGGUCGUUACGACGACCAUCAAGCGGUCCUUGACGCCGAGCCGAGUCAAGGUAAAGACCGUCACCGAGAGUCCGACCACGAAAAUUUCCAGCACCUCCAAGCUGAGCAGGAGCCAGGAGAGUUUGGUCAAGUCGGAGAAAGUCAAAGUGACCAAGGAGAAAAGGGGUACUGGAUCUCGAGGCGUCUCUACCGUCAGAGAGCACAAGGUUGUCAACACAUCCAACGGAGGUACUUUGAGAUCCAAAAAACCAGUUGAAGUUGUUUACGAAACCGCUGUGUAUAAUAUGAAGAAUGAAAAUUUAACUAAACCAAAAUUGGUCAAGACCGAGAUCAUACGCGGACCACGUCUCAUCAAUGAUUUGAUUUGUGGCAACAGAUUCAAACGUUCCGCCGAUAAAAAAGCAUCGGUUAAAACUCAGACCGUUAGUCAACGUGUUACAAGAUGCCAGUGACUGCAUAAUAUAUUCAAAUGUCUUCUAAUUUUUAAUAGGUAUAAUUUUAUUUAAUACUUAAUUUCACCGUAACAUACAAUACAUAAAUUAAAUUUUGAUUAUUAUUCUCUUUACAGAUUAUAAUUUUUAGCACAUAAUCCAAGGUCGAAUAAGCGAUUUGUUCUCUCUACUUAAUUCAAAUCAACAACCACUUGGAACAAAAAUUUUUUACUAAUUUAUGAAGUAACUAAUUAGUGUUUUCAUACGAAGCAGGAAUCAGUGUUCCUCUCCUAAUUUUAUAAUAAUACAUUUACCUACACUUUGUGAGUGUAAAGAUAUUGACUCUGCUAUGUUUUGACUGAAAUAAACAAACUUAUAAUCAGUCAUAACGCUGAUAUAAUUAUGCACUUGGCUGUUAUUGUUUCUUUUUUAUCUUCUUCAAAAUAAAUACAUUUUAACAAUAAGCAAGCAUAA